ACGACAAGCGUCAAAUUAUCACUAUAUUACCAAAUUUUCGAGAGAAGAAUUUUAAUUUAUAAAAAUAUACUAAUAAUCAAAGGCCUCAAGGAAAGCAUCAAUGGCGGAAGAAGCUUACUUGUUAUAGCCACGAGUGAAGAAGAAGAAGAAGAAGAAGAAAGCCACUGUAUAAAUAAAGAAGACGAUACACACAAGAGAGAGAUACGUGUUUCUGUGUGUGUAUUUACGCUUUUUCGGUUUUUCUUCGCGGCUUCCACGAAGAAGCCGAACGGCGUGAUUCGAAUUUUUCUUUCUCUACACUCUCGUCCGGAUCUGAAUUGUGGUGGAACCAAUUGGUUUCUGAUUUCAGAUUUCGAAUUUUCAAUUUCGUAAAAUCCAAAUGGAGAAGACAGAGAACGAGAAGAAGCCAUCGGCGGUAUCUGACGUCGGAGCAUGGGCAAUGAACGUAACGAGCUCCGUUGGGAUCAUCAUGGCGAAUAAACAACUAAUGUCAUCAUCUGGUUUCGGCUUUGGCUUCGCGACAACUCUCACGGGAUUUCACUUUGCUCUCACUGCUCUCGUUGGUAUGGUGUCAAACGCGACUGGUUUAUCUGCAUCUAAGCAUGUUCCUCUUUGGGAGCUUCUUUGGUUCUCACUCGUUGCUAAUAUCUCAAUCGCUGCUAUGAAUUUUAGUCUCAUGUUGAACUCUGUUGGUUUCUACCAGAUUUCGAAAUUGAGCAUGAUUCCGGUUGUUUGCGUGAUGGAAUGGGUUCUACAUAGUAAGCAUUACUCGAGAGAAGUGAAGGCAUCUGUCAUGGUUGUCGUUGUAGGAGUUGGGAUUUGUACUGUGACUGAUGUCAAAGUUAAUGCCAAAGGUUUCAUUUGUGCUUGCACUGCCGUUUUCUCCACUUCUCUCCAGCAGAUCUCAAUAGGUUCACUGCAGAAGAAAUACUCAAUCGGAUCUUUCGAGUUGCUGAGCAAAACAGCUCCAAUUCAAGCCAUUUCACUCCUCAUUUUUGGUCCAUUUGUUGACUAUUUCUUGAGUGGCAGAUUCAUUUCUACUUACAAGAUGACUUAUGGCGCAAUGUUAUGCAUUCUUCUCUCCUGCGCACUGGCGGUUUUCUGCAACAUUAGCCAAUAUCUCUGCAUCGGCAGAUUCUCCGCUACUUCCUUCCAAGUUCUUGGCCACAUGAAAACAGUCUGUGUCUUAACAUUGGGAUGGCUUAUCUUUGAUUCCGAGAUGACAUUCAAGAACAUAGCAGGGAUGGUCUUAGCUGUGGUGGGAAUGGUGAUAUACAGUUGGGCAGUCGAGUUAGAGAAACAGAGAAAGUCGAAAGUGACACCGCAUGGUAAACACAGUAUGACAGAAGAUGAGAUUAAACUUCUCAAAGAAGGUAUAGAACAUAUGGAUUUGAAAGACAUGGAGCUUGGAAAUAAUAAAGCAUAAAUAAAGCUAUUCAAGAGAAAGGUUUUUUGGUUAUUUUUUGGUUUCUAUAUUCCCCAACAUGUACUCUUUUUCUUUUGCCCUUUUUUAUAUGUUCUUUGUCUCAAAGAACCUUUUUAGCCUCUAUUUGAUGAGCUCUCCUCUGCAGAGCACAUUCUUUUUUCUAUAGAAAUACAUGAUUUUUCUACUUCUUUGCAUAACUACAAAUGGUCACUGGCACAUUUGGGAGUUAUAAAAAGACUCUUGAUUCUGAUUGAAAAAAA